AUUUCUUUCUCUCCCUCGUCGUCCAUCGCGUCCAAAUGAGACAGUGCUUCCCGGUACAAGUCACCUCUCUAGAAAAUGAGGAAGCGAAAGGACGCAAGAAUUCAUAAUCUUUCAAACAAUUGAAGAACUAUACGUAUGUUAUUAUAAAGUCGAUGCUACUCGAAUCGACGGUGUUUGUACAACUUAGCUGCGGCAUCGAAUAGCCCGAACGUGAGUAUAGAUUAGAUAAGAGCAAAAUAAUGAGCUAACGAUAUAUAAGUUAGUUCACGAUGAUGAUUUUGCGUUGAAAAUCCAAAAGCUCAGUUUGCAAAAUGCAGUUCUUACAAUGGCUUAUUAUAUGCUUAUUGGCUUUGCAUUUCACCGUCGUUUAUUCGUUCAAUUUAAAAUCGAUCAGUGUUAUAUUCAGGCACGGCGAUCGCACCCCGAAGAAAUCAGAAAUUUAUCCGCUCGAUCCUCAUAAAAAUUACAUAAAAUCGCUCGGAUAUGGAAAAUUGACGAACGAAGGAAAAAACAGAGAAUACCAGCUGGGCGUUUCCUUGAAAAAGAGAUACGGCGCCAUGCUCGGCGACGACUACGACACGACGAAUAUUCACGCGAUCAGCACGGAUUACGACCGCACGAAGAUGAGCCUGCUGCUGCUCCUGGCGGGCUUCUUUCCGCCCAGAAAGGACCAGGUGUGGAACAAAAAUCUGAAUUGGCAGCCCAUACCGAUCGCCGUGUCGACGGCCGACGACGGCAAACCGAAUUACUGGAACUCCGAUCUCUGCCCCAAAUUUGGCGCCGAGCUAAAAAGGAUUCAAUCGAGCGCGGAGUAUCAAAAGAACGUGCGUAAAUUCGAUAAACUGAAGAAGGAAUUAUCGAGACUGACCGGUCGCGAGAUCAAGGAUCUGUACUCGAUGUACAAGCUUUAUCAUCUGUUUUACGCGGAGCGAGCCAUGAAUCUCAAAUUGCCCGCUUGGGCCGACUAUUAUUAUCCCAAUGGUCCUUUGAAAGACGUGGCGCUUUUUAUUUACAAAACUUACAGUUACAACGACGUUUUGAAAAAACUUAAUGGAGGAUUGUUCAUGCGCGAAGUUCUGAAGGCCGUGUCGAAACAGAUAAACGAGUCGAACGAAACUUUGCCGGAUGAAAAAAUCGAUAGCCCAAAAGUUUUUCUGUACAGUGCCCAUGCGAGCAAUGUAGCCGCUAUUUUACAGACUCUCAACGUUUGGAAUAACGAUUUACCGAACUAUGGAAGUGCUGUCGUACUCGAGCUUUAUAAAAAGAGAAGUCGCUAUUACGUUAAGAUUUUAUUUAACACUGGAAUACCGAUGAAGUUCAGGACUCUCGUACUGCCAGGUUGCCCUGAGUACUGUCCAUGGGAGGAUUUUCUAAAGAUAACGAAAAAAGUUUUGCCCGACGAUAGUGACCGGUGUUCCAUUUAAAUGAGUCACGCGGAUAAACAG